GAAAGCUUUUUUUUAUAUUCUCCAGUCAGUGGCGUCUUUCUGUCGACCAUGCCACGAAGCCGCCUAUUCAUCCUCUCUUGAAUAGGUCUCUAAAUGUCUGAAUAACGAAACUCGACGAUAUUGGGCAGCUACAAUGUCUACCAGUUCUAGCGAAGGCGAACCUUCCCAUCCUUCGGUACAACAGCCCAGUGGAACGAGUCAGCUUGUGGGCAUAGUUGCCCCUGAGGAUACGAGCAGCACUAAGUCGGAGUUGCCGCCUGUUAUAAUUCCAGCCGUCGUACCUCCUGUAUCGGCGGCAUCAACAGACGCUCACCAUGCGCUGUCGUCCUCGGACGAAAUGACAUUGACGAUCGCAGGACCAACAGCCGCUACUCAACCAGUACGAACGGUUCAGAUUGUCACUUGUUCAGAUUCCAGCGUUGCCUCUACAAUAACGACCUCUACCGUUUAUUGCCUGGACAAACUAAGAUCAGCGUCGGCCACUGGAACGAAACUCCAUAUGGAGCCAAUUAGUCCCUCGUUGGCCCUUGCUUCGGACCUUAGGAAAGGGAGCACCACGGCUACAAAAAUGGCUAUUGCAACGAGCACCGAUGAAGAAAUUAGUGAUGAGGAUAGCAAUGACUCAACAUUUCGAAGUGAUAUCCUGGAUCCCCUAAUUUCGUGCGACCCCACAAUAACUACCGUCACAUCAGAUGGCAACCGCCAGCGAAGACCCGCAAUAAACAAACAGAACAUAAUCUACGUUCUUCGCAGUAUGGAUCCGAACAUGGUCAAAACCGCUACCCAGUGCCUCGAAGCGUACAUCAAAGCCCGAAAGUGGACGAGCUCCACAGCUUUCGCGCGUGAAUAUUACGCCUGCGGCCAGGUUCACCUAACGGCCAUUGUAAUUCAUCGGAAGAUCUGCAAAUCGCGUAUUACUUUUCUGCAGAUGCGAGAAUACAUUGAGAAUAUCUCGUACUUAUUCGACCAAUACUCGGAGUACAGUGAGAUUACGCGUUUAGGUGGCGAAAUCCGUCAACUGAUCCUGAUGGUCGAGUAUCUUGCGUCAUGUCUAGAACGUUGUUCAGGAAAAGGAAGUACAGAUUGGAUCGAGGUUGCACGCAUGUUUCCGAUGGAGGUGUCGCGGGAAAUAUCACCAGCGGAGGAUUUGUCACCUUUGCUUAACCGCAUACGAGUAUUGGAAAAGCUUUCAGGUCGUGAAGGUGGUUGUCAUUUCGGCUUAGGUGCCGGUAACCUUUAUCGAGUUACGUUGGCCGAAUCCAUUGAGUGCGCUAUGAGACUAUCGCCGCGUCAGGAAACCUCUCCACAUGCCGUUAUAAGUGCAGUAUCAGCGAAGAACGGGGUAACAGCUACAGGCCUGGUGACUACAAGCUCCGAUACCCAUUUAUCGAUACAUCAACGUGGCGGGACCAUGGACCGUAUCGUGUCUGCCGUCAUAUCAUCUCCAUUCGUUCUUAACUGCUACGCUAGUUUCACAACAUAUGAUGCCAACGUACUGCUCCUUGAGGUUGUUGACGCAAUUAACCUUCAACUGGUCUUAAACUUUACAAAGAAGAUUCCGGAGGACCUCCUACGGCAUCUCCUGACGCAGUUGAUGAUGGCCGUAGAACAUCUUCACUAUAAAGGAUUUAUCCACCGAGAUAUCAAGCCGUCGGGCCUGCUACUUCUUCCGACAGGUAGGAUUAAGAUAGCCGAUUUGACGCUCUCAAAAAUGUGCAUCGGCCGCUUUGCGCCUUCUCGUCUUAAGAGCUAUAGCCGAAGCACGCCAUAUGAAUUCAAUGACCGCGAGAUGAUGGGCACGAUUCCCUACAUCAGCCCAGAAGUACUUCGAAUGCGCCCAUAUGGACGAGCCGCAGAUUGGUGGUCUGUAGGAAUGACAGCUUUCGUACUAUGUUCCGGCCAGUUACCGUUUCGAGUUCCGAAAUAUAAAUGCAUCGAUGGGGUUCGAUCGUACGGCAAAUACUCGAGUAUUCGGUGGACCACGUUUUCGGCAUCGCAAAAACUUGUUAGCCUCAUCAAAGCGCUCCUUGUUAGGCGACCCUCACAAAGAUUGUGCUCAUCAUCUUAUCUUGAGCUGAGGAACUACGGGUUCUUUUCCGAUGUUGACUGGACUGCCGUGGCUAAUGGAGCCACCGAAUUUGAUUGCAGCACGCUCAUUGAACAAGCCCGAGCGGUUUCCGAACCAGCUGGACGAAUGGCAACACUCGGGACCAGCGUCAGAGGUGAGCCUAGAAGGAAACUGCCCCUGUUUACCUACACAUCAGCGGGUUUCUGUCGGGUUGUGCAAAAGCUUAUGAAAAAACGCAAAAUAAAUCAACAGGAUAUCCUGGAUCCACAUGAAGCCAUCACUCCCGACGUCAAGUACACGUAUAAAUUUAAAGAUUUUCGCAAGACUCAACCAUGUCAGACUCAGCGGUCCAAGAAGCCUAAAAGGUCUAUUGCAUCGUCGGGCACAUCCACCGGUGACGAAGAGCUCCCGGCGGCUACGCCCUCCGCCGCUCCAAACCAGCAGAGCAACUGUUUUUCAACAGUUUCGACGGUAAAAUCGACGUCAGUAAUGUCUUUCGUCAAAGAACUUCGCAACGGAUUAUGAUGUAGCCGUAGGAUAAAAAGCUAUAUCGUAACACGACGAAGGCUACAGCUGUGAAGAAAAGUAGCUGUGAAGGUAACGUUUCAUAAAGGACUAAUCAAUUAUCAGGAAAACUUGUUUCUAUUAUUUCCCAACUUUCAAUCAAAAGUACCUAUAAGCAACAAAAACUCGCGGAACUAGCGUUGAAUACGAACGUGCUUUUCCACUAACAAGAGUAAGUCUAUUACCGCUGCAUAAUAGUACCGAGUGGUUAUCAGCCAGUGGAAAAUGAGGAAAAUGUUGACGAUCUGCUAACGUUAACCCCACACAAUAAGACCGUGACAGCGUCUUGGAGGUCUAAUACAUGUUGUGUAGUUAGUAUGAAAGCGAAGAAUUCGUGUAUAGAAGCCCAUGAAAUGGUUAAAAAAUUCGCAUAUUGGUCGAGACCAAUAAAAAAUCAUGACAGGACAACGAG